AUGCCUGUGAUGAAAGGUUUGCUUGCUCCGCAGAAUACUUUCUUGGAUACCAUCGCUACAAGAUUUGAUGGGACUCACAGCAAUUUUCUGCUGGCCAAUGCCCAAGUCCAACAUGGUUUCCCUAUUGUCUACUGCUCUGAUGGCUUCUGUGAUCUCACCGGUUUUGCUCGCACUGAGGUCAUGCAGAAGAACUGUAGUUGCCGUUUCCUUUAUGGGGUGGAGACUAGCGAUACUGUCCUUGAGGGUAUUGAAUGCACACUGGAUGAGAAGCAGGAGUACCAGGCUGAGGUGUGCUUUUACAAAAAAGAUGGAGAUCUCUUCUGGUGUCUCUUGGACAUUGUUCCCAUCAAAAAUGAAAAAGGUGAGGUGGUCCUAUUUCUUUUUUCAUUUAAGGAUGUCACAGAGCACAGAAUGAGAGCCCCACAUGAUAAGAAGGAUGACAAGCAAAAGAACCGUAGACCUGGUGCUUCACAUUUUAGCUCUGCAAGAAGGCAGAGUCGGACCAUGCUUUGUCACUUAACAGGUCAAGUCUCUGGACGAAACAAAAGCGACAUAAAACUAAACAAUAACCUCUUAGAUAACAAGCCUUCCCUCCCCGAAUACAAAGUAGCAUCUGUCCAGAAGCCUCGCUUCAUCCUUCUUCAUUACAGCAUCUUCAAAGCCCUCUGGGACUGGCUUAUCCUUUUAGCCACCUUUUACGUAGCUGUCACCGUCCCUUACAAUGUCUGCUUCACAGGCCACGAUGACAGUGUCUCUGCAGCCCGGAGCACAAUUGUCAGUGACAUUGCUGUGGAAAUGUUAUUUAUUUUAGAUAUCAUUUUAAAUUUCCGUACAACUUACGUCAGUCAAUCUGGACAAGUGGUGUAUAACCCCCGUUCAAUCUGCAUCCACUACCUCGCCACAUGGUUCUUUGUGGACCUUAUUGCUGCUUUGCCAUUUGAUCUUCUCUAUGCAUUCAAUGUCACAGUGACAUCUCUGGUCCAUCUGUUGAAAACCAUUCGGUUGCUGAGGCUCCUGAGGUUGCUGCAGAAGCUGGAUCGAUAUUCCCAGUACAGUGCAAUGGUGCUAACCCUUCUCAUGUCUAUGUUUGCUCUCCUGGCUCACUGGAUGGCCUGUGUUUGGUACGUGAUUGGCCGCAAAGAAAUGGAGAGCAAUGACCCUGUCACUUGGGAUAUUGGAUGGCUCCAUGAAUUGGGAAAGCGACUCGAAGUGCCCUACAUAAAUAAUUCAAUUGGAGGACCCUCUAUUCGUAGUGCUUACAUAGCAUCCCUCUACUUUACGUUAAGCAGCUUGACUAGUGUGGGCUUUGGCAAUGUUUGCGCUAAUACCGAUGCUGAGAAGAUCUUCUCCAUCUGUACUAUGUUGAUAGGAGCUCUAAUGCAUGCUGUGGUUUUUGGCAAUGUGACAGCCAUCAUCCAACGAAUGUAUUCUCGACGCUCCCUGUACCAUACACGUAUGAAGGAUCUCAAGGAUUUUAUCCGAGUUCACCGCUUGCCCCAGCAGCUUAAACAACGUAUGUUGGAGUACUUUCAGACAACCUGGUCUGUCAACAAUGGCAUUGAUGCAAAUGAGCUGCUAAAAGAUUUUCCAGAUGAGUUACGUGCUGAUAUAGCAAUGCACCUCAAUAAGGACAUCUUGCAGUUACCUGUUUUUGAGACAGCCAGUCGGGGAUGUCUGCGUGCCCUAUCGCUGCACAUCAAAACUUCCUUCUGUGCCCCUGGGGAGUACCUUCUACGACAAGGAGAUGCUCUGCAAGCCAAUUAUUUUGUAUGUUCAGGGUCUCUGGAAGUCUUGAAGGACAAUAUGGUACUGGCUAUUCUUGGGAAAGGAGAUCUCAUUGGUGCCGACAACUCCAACAAGGACCAGGUGAUCAAAACGAAUGCCGAUGUGAAAGCCCUGACCUACUGUGAUCUGCAAUAUCUCAGCCUUCGAGGACUCCUGGAGGUGUUAGAACUUUACCCAGAGUAUUCCAGCAAAUUCAUGGCAGACAUUCACCAUGACCUGACAUUUAACUUGCGUGAAGGCAGUGAGACAGAUGGAUUCUACAGGUUCUCCCGAUCACCACGGCUAUCACAGCCUCGUCCAGAAUCUAGCACCGCAUCUGAUAAAAAGUUAUCAUCAAUUCUUGAAGACAAUGAUGAAACGGAUGACUUCUUCCGCCACUCUCCUGCUACUAUGACACGUAGGAAGCUUUUGCUUCCAAACCUCAAUAGCCCUGUGCGCCGUGGUUCUCUUAGCAGUCUCCUUGGUGACGAUCUGAGGCAAUUCCAUGCCUUUCGUCGUAACUGUCGGUCUCCAGCACGUAACAGUCGAGGUAGAAGUCCUUCACCUCAGUGUCGCAAGGCAGAGAAAGUGCAUGAAACGGAGAAUGUUGGCUCAAAAAAGCCAGCCAAUCUUCUCAUUCCAUCUCUCAACACAUAUGGUCCACCAGAUCUUAGCCCGCGAGUGGUAGAUGGGAUUGAGGACAGUGGAGAUGUCUCAGAGAACCAGACCUUCCAAUUCAACAUGGACAACUCCAGGCCAAGAUCUCCUAUCAGACAGUCUCCGGUUGCAGGAAUAAACUUAAUCAACCCAAUUUUAGCAGCCGAAGCAGAAGAAAUUAAGCAGAAUAUAUGCAGAUUAAAUCAAGAGAUUAACAAUCUCAACCAGGAAGUCUCUCAGCUCAGCAAGGAAUUACAACAUAUGAUGCGCCUGUUGCAAGCUCUGCUGGCUGCCCAACAGUACAACCCUCAUUUGGCCUGUCCAUACACAGUCCAAGUGGUCUCAACCCCUUCUGCAAGCCACAUAAAUUGUAAUGAGCAGCAAUCUAGGUCCAGCUACCCCAUACCACACUCCCUGCAUCUCGUGCAAGAAUCACCAAUGCCCAGGACAAUUGGUCAUGCAUCAUUACCUUCAGAUGUUUCUUACAAUCAAAUGCAUUUCACAAGGGUCUCUCCAGAUGCAUGCCGGAGGCCUGCAGAACCAGAAUCUUUUCAUCCUAUGAGAGACUGCUGUUAUAUUCCUUCAAACACUAUGUGUUCUCCUGGAACUCCACUUUCACAUAUAGAGAUGGAGAGAGUAAGGUUACUACAACAGACUGAAGAAACUACUUCAAGCCCCACUGGUUAUGGUUCACCAGUCUCUGGACCUCCAUCAAUGGGGCGAACGACUCAUACUAUGACCUCUAUGAGUUCUGUUCAUUCUUUUACCACUUGUAUGGCCCAGAAUAACUCACCUCAGUCAAAUUCCAAUAGGGACCCCCAAACUUGAAUACAAAGACAAAAUCAGAAAUAUGAAGGAGCCUAACAGAAUCUAAACAUGCUGCUUAUUAUGGCUGUGCAAAGUUAAGGAACCUGCUUAUAAAAAUAUGUUAAGUAAGCACAA